AUGGAUGAGGAGGAUGAGGAUGAUGAAGAGGCUAUCAAUGUGGAGGAUGAGGGUUAUGAAGAGGCUAUAAAUGUGAAGGAUGAGGGUGAUGACAUUGUUGUUAAUGAGGCUAUAAAUGAGGAGGCUGAGGGUGAUGAAAAGGCUAUAAAUGAAGAGAGUGAAAAUGGCAAAAUGGCUGAAAAUGAGAAUGAAGACACUACUAAAGAAGAUGAGAAAGACCCUUAA